UAUAGACACUGUAGUCCUUUAUCAAAAACAAUAAAACUAGUCUCAACAAGUUAUACUGUAGAUAGUUUAAAAGCGUCGCUAUCAGUAACACUACUAUAACCUACGCUGUACACACAGGAUCUACAGGAUAUCGCUAUUCAAUGAGCUCGCCGGAGGACAUACAGGCUGCUACUGGGUCGUCAAUGAGCUAACUGUUAGCUGCUUAGCAUAGCCUUUAAAGUACCGCUUGUUGUUGCUUAGCGACCUGAAUCCAGUGGCAGCAAAGAGCCAGCUAGCAUCGAGAGCACUAUUUAUUACUUACUGUAGCUCAGCUAACGUUACUCAUUAGUAAGAUAGACAGAAGACCAACGUAUAACUCAGUAGAUGAUGAGAACAGCGACUAAUGCCGUUUAGAUAACAUAUCCAUACCAAUGAGACUGGUCAAAUCUUCUUAAAAGGUGCUAAGCAGGAUGUUAAGUUUAGAUAAUGUUAACUAACUUUACCCGGAGCGAACCGUUCACCUGGUAUCCUCAUCAAACGAAAAUGGCUAGGUAACGUUAACUAACUAUUAAUGUUUGCAGUGAAAGGCAUGUUUUAAGUUUGGUAGUUACUGUUAACGUUAAGAUAGAAUAGCAGGAGAGAGCACAACAACUUUAUCAGUUUUCGUCGCUGACAUAACCAGGUGAAACAAACACCUAAGGUGUCAGUAUGCUUCAACUGAAGUGCUUGUCAGACGGUGGAAGAGUGUCUUGACAACCCCUCCCUCCACACCUUUCCAAGUGGCGCUCCAGAUCCAGACCGAGGUCCUAAUAGGCCCUGGGGUGAUCGCCAAAUCUGAACACAUUUGUUUAGGACCUGACAUCUGUUGCAACAUAAACUACACUACUACUCGGGUUACACUCCCCCGUCAGAUGGCGUUCUGCCUGGCUGAGUUGCACUUGUGGUCCACCAAGAGCUCACUCCAAGUCAAAGAUACAGAUAUUGGCACCUAUCAGUACUACGAUAAAGGAGAGCCAGUCAAUCCCCUGGAGCAUCAUUACUACAAUGAGAAACUCCAUUUCUGUGAAGCUCGAGGCUAUUCGUGGACCCCCAGGAACCGCCGACCGGAGAAGCUACGCGAUUCGCUGAAGGAGUUGGAGGAACUGUUGCAGACCAACACCUGCGUUCACACCAGAUGGAAGAAAAAGCAUUGCUGCCAGGUGAUGUUGAGCAGCGGAGUACUGGUGACCCUGACCCUAAAUGGACCACAGCUCGAACAAGUGUGUGUAGACCGCACCUUAGUGGGCCGACUACCAGCCAACACUGUGACUGAUGCGGUGCUGAGUGAUAGGAUGAUUCUGCUGUCCUUCCUGGAGCAAAGUCAAGUGGCCGCAGUCUAUCUCAACCAAAAGAACCAGGACUCACCCGAGACUGGCAGACGAACAGACAAACUCUCACCCUCUGAUAUCAAGGUGGUGUGUGUGGACGUGAGUGGGUGGGGUCGUAGGCUCCACAGACGUGUGGGUCUCAACCGUCUCCAGGACGUGGCGCUCUGCUGGUGGAACCUGGACGAGCCCGGUGAGGAGCUGUGGCCCUGGACUCCCAUAAACACGCACAGGAACAACCUGGUGCUGCUCAGAUGCUCACCUACUGAAGGCCUCAAGGUCCUUAGCUCUGUCCGGACAGAAGGCAAUCCCCUGGACUGCCGCUUCAGCCUGCUCCAGCCGUACCAGCUGCUAACGGUGGAGCUACCUGCAGGACCACAAGAAUUCAAAGAGGGGUCUUGGGCUGACGCCUGUGUGUAUGAAUGUGCACGAGAGCGCCUGCACCGCCUGUCUAUCACCCGCAUCCCGCUAUCGUCCCAUCCUGUCUCCUGCUCACGUCACCCCUAUGAGACCACACUUCUCCUGGGGUUAAGUGACUCCUCCCUAGUCCUGUAUGACCAGCGACGGGGGGUCUCUCUCCUGGCCUCCUGCCCUGUGCCACCCACCCUCCUUGCAUGGCAUCCUGCUGGGGCCAUGGUCAUGGUAGGGGCAGGGCAAGGGGAGCUGAUGUGCUUUGAUGUGGGCUUGGCACCUGUAAGCAUGGCACUGGUAGCAGAAGAGGUAGCUUCAGCUGCCACGCUAAGACUAGCUCAGCACCUGCGCUGUGGUGGAGGCCUGGAGGGACUGCACUGGGGGACCAGCCUGGAAGGAGGCCCAGAGGGGACUGAUAUCCUGAUGUUGGCCUUUCAUGGAGGACCACUAGCAGCCUUGAGGUUCAGACUAGGGGCUCUGACUGGUGGCCAGAUGGGCCCUGGGGAGCUUCUGCAGCAGCGGCUGCGUUGUGGCCAGGUCAGAGAGGCACUCGGCAUCCUGGAGGCCAUGGACUGGAGCAUCAUGGGAGAUAAGUGCUACCGAGGCCUGAGCUCGGUCACCAACCACCUGCUGAGGCUGGAGCUGAAUGCAGAAAGAGAGGCCCAACUAGAAGCGGCUCUGGGUGUGUUUUAUGCCCCACCUGCCCCUCUCUCCAAUAUGGUGAUACUUGAGUACAGAGAGCCAAUCAGCAAGUAUGCACGGCGCUUUUUUCACCACCUCCUCAGACACCAGCGCUUUGAGAAGGCCUUCCUCCUCGCUGUAGAUUUAAAAGCCAGCGAUUUAUUCAUGGACCUCCAUUAUGUUGCCAGCGAUAAGGGCGAGUUGGUGCUAGCGGAUGUGGCCAAGAGGAAAGCUAAUGAAAUCGAGGCCCAGGCCGUCGCAGGCAAUGAAGAUCCUCGGAGAGGCAGAAAUGUUGUGUUACGUGGUUCCAGCUUCACAGACAGACAGACAGACAGGAACCAGAGUGCAACCGGAUCUUCGUACCCAGGCACACCUACAACACAUGCUGAUGGGAGAGCCAAUCAGAGGAGACCACAGGCAGAGAGCAUAUGUGUGACCGUGAGCCCCGAUGUGUUCAGGACACUGAGACAAACAGGAACGUCAAACAGCCUCCAACAUCUUCUGUCAUUUGAUUUUGUUCUGCAGAAAGCAGUGAAGGUGACAGAGACAACAAGAAUGAAGAUGAAGACCCCGGGAUGCUUCACAUGGUCCAUUUGGGAAUGGUUUGAAAAAAAACUAGUAACAAGUAAGAUAUGAUAAGAACACUUUAUUAAUCCCAGUGGGACACGGGAGAGACACAACAACAUCUCACCAAUAACAGGCUCUCUUUGUCUGUACUUUUAUAUACCAAGAAGUCACUUACCUGUAUUACCUGGAUUGAAAUUCAAAUGCUUAUCAUUGUACAGUAGAUGAAUAUUUCUGAUAAAAGUGAAAUACUACUUGAGUAUUAAAUGUGAAUACAUUAGUUCUGUAUUACCAGUUUUAUCUGUAAUUUGUACAUAUUAGACCUGUUUUAGUAUAUCUGUGAAAUUUCAGUCAAGUUAAAUACACUGAGCAGCUCCACAGAGGUUAUUUUCUCUCUUAUUGAAGUCUAAACUAAAUGAACCUUAAAAGAAAACAGUUACACCAGGUUGCCUUUAAAAACAUGACAGAAAGUGUUUUAAACCUUGCCAUUAAUCAGCCUGAAAAAAUAAAGACUUCCAUUAUAUUUCCAUCACCACUGAUA